UCGGCUUAAAAACCAUAUACUCUACGCAGACGCCGCUUCCCAGGAAAAUAAAAAAUCGCAUUGAAAGAAAAAGUAAGAGAGAAAUUCAAAAUCGGAAUCAGCAGAAUCGGAAACAAUUUUCCUUCCCUUUCUUUUUGUUCCUUAUGUAAUGCAUCAGAAGAAAUCAGAAAUCCAAAUCGGAAAAGAAAGCAUCGGCGUCUCUUCCGAUUUCAAUCCAAUUCCUCAACAAUCCUCCACCGCAGAUUCUUCUUCUACUGCGCCGCCGUUCAAGGCACCGGCGGCACCUCCUCAGAUUUUGAUUGUUAAUGACGAGAUUGCCCCUUCCCCUUCGGCUUCGACGACCCCGACCCCUUACAAGCGGCCUCUUUUGACCAAUCAUCACCACCGGUCAUCGCUUUCGAAAUCGCCGACUAUUUAUCGAUUCUCAGCUCCGGAGAAGCAGACGCCACCUUCGGCUUCGUUAUUCUCGGUCUCCCUUGCCGCGAAAUCUGCCGCGUUUAGGAUACUCCGCCGCGUGCGGCAUCUCCGGGUCCACCUCAGACUCGUGCUCCUACUCUCCCUUCCAUUCUUUUAUUUUCUUGUCUCUCAUCCUUCCCACUCUUUUCUCCUUGAUUUCCUCUCGGCCUUCGCCUUCUCUGCAGCUCUCUUGUUCUCUUUGAAUCUAGCUGUUCCCCGCCUGCCCUCGAUUCGGUUAUUCCUCUCCCGUUCCUUACCUUUUCCUAUUAAACUCACUUCUGCCUCUUCAGCGAUAUCGUCGAGGUCGCAUUUGCCCGUGUUUUGGUCAAUUGGAUCAAGGCCGAAACAGGAUAAGAGAUUGGAUUCCGGGUGCUUUGUGCAGGUUUACAGCAACGGGGACGUGUACGAAGGGGAAUUCCACAAGGGGAAGUGCUCCGGAAGCGGCGUGUAUUAUUACUACUUGAGUGGAAGGUUCGAGGGCGACUGGGUUGAUGCUAAGUACGACGGAUAUGGGGUGGAAACGUGGGCGAGGGGUAGCCGGUAUCGGGGGCAAUACAGACAGGGGCUUAGGCAUGGAUACGGUGUUUAUAGAUUCUAUACAGGGGAUUUGUAUGCAGGGGAGUGGUCUAAUGGGCAGAGCCACGGGUGUGGAGUGCAUACAUGUGAAGAUGGAAGCCGGUAUGUUGGGGAGUUCAAAUGGGGUGUUAAACACGGUCUUGGCCACUACCAUUUUAGGAAUGGAGAUACCUAUGCUGGAGAAUAUUUUGCUGAUAAGAUGCAUGGUUUUGGGGUCUAUCGCUUUGCAAAUGGGCAUAGGUAUGAAGGAGCUUGGCAUGAAGGUAGAAGGCAAGGACUGGGGAUGUAUACAUUCAGAAAUGGGGAAACCCAAUCCGGUCACUGGCAAAAUGGAAUUCUUGAUGUCCCGAGUACACAAAACACCAGUCAUCCUGUAUCUCCUGUUGCUGUUUAUCAUUCCAAAGUACUCAAUGCAGUUCAGGAAGCGCGUCGAGCUGCGGAGAAAGCUUAUGAUGUGACCAAAGUCGAUGAAAGGGUUAACAGGGCAGUGGCAGCUGCAAACCGGGCAGCUAAUGCAGCUAGAGUAGCAGCAGUUAAAGCAGUUCAAAACAUGCAUCAAACUACUAGCGAUGAAAACAUUCCAAUUCCUAUUAUGUGAGGCUUCCAGCAGUAUCUCAUACUUUCAUCAGUGCAAAUACAUGAUAUGGAUGACACUAAUAGGACUUAACAGAAGUGCGCGGGAGAUGUUGUUGUUGAGUAGUAGAUUAUCAACACUUUUCUACUUGGAAGGAAGGAUUAAAAAAACGCGACAGGGUCACAGGAGGAUUCCAGUGUGUAGAGGAGGAUUCUUGACAAGGGCAGUUGCAUCAAAUCGUUUCUAGUUGGUUUUUGGCUUUUGAAUCUGGUUAAGAGUUUUUGUAGAAGGGCUUAGACGUAAUGUAAGUGCUGGUGGCCAGGUGAAACCCCCAACCAGCUGGUGUUGUAAUUAAAGUCUACUCUGUUGCCAUCUGCAAUGAAAAUCAUUUCAGAUGUAUAUACCGCUAUUAGAUUUAUGUUCACAGAAGCCAAAGCUCUCUCCCAGAA